UUGAAAGUAUGUGGUCUACCCUUUUCCUUUUUCCGUUCUGUGUUGACGGGAAGUGAGACUGAGAGUCGUUGGUCCUCUGCCCUCCUUCCCCUUUUCUUGCUUCCCUUUAUAAAUUCCCUUCCCCCUUCGCCGCCGUCGCCAAUCCUUCUUCUUCCCCUUUUCUCUUUCUUUCGUCAUGGAGGACUAUGGGCGAGUGCAGUACCAGUUUCCGGCGUUCGGGAAUUGGGACCUGAGCGAUGACAUGCCCAUCACGCAAUACUUCGAGUCGGCGCGUCAGGCCGGGCUCCACCACCCCCGCGGCAAGUUCCACCCGGACGACUGUCUCUGGGAGUUCGACCGCCACGCCCCUCUCCCUCCUCCGCCUCCUCUCGCCGUCUACCGCAUCAAGGGACACGGAACGGUGAGACGGUUCCAGAACGGGAAGGAGACCAAGAAGCCCGGGCGGGUUUGGGAUGAAGCGCAGGCGCCACGCAGCCCAUCGCCGCCGGCACCGGCGCCGCCGAAGCGAGCUCCGAAGGCCGUCGACGAGGAUCUCUACAAGAUACCCCCGGAGUUGCUGCGGAAAACUCGACGACGGAAGUUUCUCAACUUCUUCUCGAGGAUGUUCCGGCGCCGGCGUGUCUGCUACUGAAUGGCACAAGUCUCAGCAUGCGGGUUGUCUUGUAGGUUUCAGUAGACGGCCUCCGGCCUCUCCUUUGUGCGCGUGGUGUUCUUUUAUACAUUUUCUUUGGUGUGGUUGAAAAAUUUGGGUUUAAUUUGUUCUUUUUCCUCUUUUUAGUACGUUGUGGUGAUGAUGAUGAUAGGAGAGUCGAUUGGUAGGGGAGCCGAACUGCCAUCUACCCAAUCUAUUUUAUGUUAUAUAUGAAAACAUGCUCUUGUCAUGGAGAAGGGAGAUAAAGUCUGUAAAUAUUCGUCGAAAAGAAGGAUCACGAGUUCACGACUCUCUCUUUUCC